AUGUUGAAGACGUCGUGGACUGAUCCUGGUGUUAUUCCCAGAAACCUUGAUCCAACCCCACCGACCGAGGAAUCUGAAGUUCUUGAUAGCAUUGCACAGCAUGACACUCCAUUUCCGUAUUAUCAAUCGCACCACCGCGAUGUAGCCAUUGCCGGCAGUGCCAGAACUGUGUUGAGAAUGAGGACCAUCAUUGUAUCUGGCUUAACAACUGCAUUGGAAGGCGGAAUUACGCAACAUUUUUCACCGUUCUUUCUCAUGUGGUCAGUGGGUGGAUUAACUGCAUACCAUAUGUAUUUAAUAAGCAAAAAUCUUACUACUCAUGAACAGUUACGCGCUCCAAUUGCUCGUCGUAAUGGAGCCCGUCAUCCAUUUGAUCGCCACAAUCUCUUCAAGAACUGUUUCUCGGUCCUUUGUAGGCCAUCAAUAAACAGCACCAUUCAUCGUCGCUCUUUUGUUGAUAUAACUCUUCCAUCCACAUCGGCACCUACACCUACGCCUUCAUUUCCAAAUCUAUUUUCAACAGCCGCUGUAUCACCGUUAAAUACACGACCACAAUCGCAGACGCAGAUACACGAAACCGUUGGAUCAAGAGAUUAUCAAGCUACAUUGGAUGCUAAUAUUGCAUAA